AUGUCGACACUGUGGAUCUGCUUUACAUGCCAUAGGAAGGUGGUUAGUGGAAAUAUUCCAGCUGAGGCAGCUGCAAAUAAGAUGGCUCUUGAAGAUAUUCCUAAAGAGUUAGAAAAUUUAAACAGCUUAGAGCGACAUUUGAUUGCAUUACAUAUACCUUUCAUAAGAAUUAAGGCACUUCCUCAUGGUGGUCAAAGGAAUGUACACGGCCCUGUUGUAUGUGUACCCUCAGACAUGCAAAAAACAGCAAAUUUACCUUUAAAAGAAGGUGAGGAUUUAUUGUUGCGAGUGAAGCUUAAAAGAAAGUUGAGUUACAAAGGUUACAUUGAAUACCAGUUUGUUAACCCAAAACACAUAUUUGCUGCCUUGGAUUACCUGAAGAGAAACAAUCAGUGGUAUGAAAAUGUUAAAAUAGAUUCAAACUGGGAUGCAGACAAUGAAAUUAAGGAAGGACAUGUGAAAGAUAUUGACGAGGUGGCAAUAGAUGAUACGGUAGAUGAACAUCAACACAUUGCCAUUGAUACUUGCUUACAACCUGUGGAUAUUGCUCAGGAGGUUCUAGAUCAUUACUUUGAUGAUGUUUACAAUAUUGCUCCUGGUGAAGGGAAGAACCCAGUGAGAAUGUUGCAGGAACCUGGAAAUGAAGCUAAGUCUUUCCCAUACCAUUUUCCAAGUGGAAAGUUUUCCUGGAAUGAUGACAGAACAACAAGAAUAACACUUUCAAGAUAUUUCAAUAACAGAUUAAUGAAUGCAGAUGACAGGUUUGCAAAAGACAGCAAUUAUAUUUUCUUCAGCCAAUAUAUGUCGGAAUUGAAUCAAGUAAUAGAGAAGACACAGAUUUCUGUUCGAAAGUCCUUGACAAGUAUUGGAAGUGAAAGGUCAGUAACGUCAAACAUGAUACAAGAUCCAGAAAUCCUUUCAAAAUUAUUGAGAAAUGAUGAAGCAUUAAGGUUUAUGCAGCCGAUACGUGGAACACCAUCAUUUUGGUCAGCUGCCCAAAAAGACCUCUUUGCUAUGCUACGUCAGCUAGGAAUACCUACCUGGUUUUGUUCAUUUUCUGCUGCUGAGCAUAGAUGGAAUGAUGCAGUUACAACUAUCUUGCGACAAAAGAAUGAUGCUAGAGACCCAAAACUGUUAGAUUGGUCUGAGAAGAAUGAGGUAUUGAGGAGUAAUCCAGUUACAGUUGCUAGGGUGUUUGAGCACAGAUUUCAUGUUUUCCAGAGAGAUGUUAUUAGUUCUCCAUCAGAACCCAUAGGAAAAGUUGUAGAUUUCUUCCAAAGAGUUGAAUUCCAGCAAAGAGGAUCACCUCAUAUGCAUUGCUUGUACUGGAUUGAAAAUGCUCCUAAACUUAAUGAACAUGGAAAAGAAGAAGUAUGCAAAUUCAUCGAUAAAUAUGUAUCUUGUGCAUUGCCUUCUGAGAGCGUGGAUCCUGAAUUGCGAAACAUUGUGUUGGCAGUACAACAGCAUAGCAAGAAACAUUCAAAAUCUUGUCGAAAAAAAGGAACAGAAUGUAGGUUCAACUUUCCUCGACCUCCAUCUCAACGCACAUUUAUUAGUUCACCACAUGAUGAUGAUGAAACAACUAAUGAAAAAGAUGACACAAAAACCAGGAACUUCAAAUCCAUUUCGAAAGAAAUUUUAAUGCAUGUUUGGAAUGAAGUACAAAGUGAGUUGAAUGAGUCAAAAUCAACAGAGGAAAUUUUCAGUGGUUUAUCUUUGACUCAAGAGCAGUAUGAAGAAGCAUAUAACAUGCUGACAAAAAAGAGCUCCAUUAUUUUAGAAAGAAAUCCAAGUGAGAUAUGGAUUAAUCAAUACAACCCAUGUCUUUUGAAAUGCUGGGAUGCUAAUAUGGAUAUACAAUUUGUAUUGGAUCCAUUUAGUUGCAUUGUCUACAUUAUUUCAUAUAUCUCAAAGUCAGAGAGAGAAAUGGGGCUAUUAUUAAAGCAAACAAAAGUGGUGGCAGAAGAGGGAAAUUUAAAUGCACGCGAGACCUUGAAAAAAAUAGGAUCAGCAUAUCUGAAUCACAGGGAAGUCAGUGCACAGGAAGCAGUGUAUCGAGUUUGUAAUUUGAAAAUGAAAGAAUGUUCCAGGAAGGUUGUGUUUAUACCUGUGGGUGAGAACCCUACUCGUUUAAGUAAGCCACUUUCUGUUCUGAAAAAUAGAAGUAAAAAGAUAGACCAAUGUGAGAUUCAGAAUGAAGAUGACGACGAUGAUGAUGAAGAUACUUGGAUGACAAAUAUAGUAGAAAGAUAUGAAAAUCGACCAACCAAACCAGUUUUCCAUGAUAUGUGCUUGGCCGAAUUUUGUUCUGAAUACAGAGUGUUGGCAAAGUCUCAAAUCCCCAAAAAUGAGAACGAAAAUGUAUUUGAGCUUCAGAAUUCAAAGGGAUACAUUCAGAAACGAACAAGAACUAUGCCUGCUGUUGUAAGAUACCCAAGGUUUAGUGCCGAAAAAACACCUGAGAAAUAUUAUCAGUCAAAGCUCCAACUUUUUUUACCACACUGGAACAAGGAACAACUUAAACCUCCUGGUUUUGACUUGUUUGAGGCAUUUUAUGAAAAUGGCCAUGUUAAAAUAAAAGGAAGACCAAAUGUGCAGUCAGUGAAAUCACUUGUAGACAUAAAUCAUGCAAAAUUUGCUGAUAAUGAAGAUGCAAUAGCACAAGCUCAAGAGACAUUUGAAAGCAUUGGUGAACCUGAAGAUGCAUGGGCAAGUCUCUGUUCCGAGACAGAAUUGAUGCGACAAGAAUGUUCUUCUAAGAAAAACAAGUUGUAUGAUGCACAAGAACAUGUAUUGGAAACAAUUCCUGAAAUGCAAAAUGAAACAAAUUUCUCUGAUGUUUUGUACCAAAUUCAGCAGAAUAACAUUGCAAGGGAUGAGAUAUCACCAGUCCUACAAACACUAAAUGAAAUGCAGAAGGAAGUGUUUUACUAUAUACGUGACUGGUGUUUAAAGAAAAUUGCAGAGGAAAAUCCAGACCCAUUACAUAUUUUUAUCACGGGAGGAGCUGGUACAGGGAAAAGUCAACUCAUCAAAGCUAUUCAUUAUGAGGCAACACGACUGUUUUCUAGAACUUUGUCAUCACCAGAAAGUUUAGCAGUACUUUUAACAGCCUUUACUGGAACGGCUGCCUUUAACAUUGGAGGAAACACUAUCCAUCACUUGUUUUCUCUAACAAAGUAUUUGCCCUUGCCAUAUGAACCAUUGAAAGAACAGAAACUUAGUGAAAUCCGAGUGCAAUUGAGAGAAUUACAGAUUUUAGUGAUAGAUGAAGUAUCAAUGGUAUACAAGAAACUUUUGUAUUACAUUCAUGAAAGACUUGUGCAAAUUAAGAAGUGCAAAGAACCAUUUGGUGGCAUAAGUGUAAUUGCUGUUGGUGAUUUUUAUCAACUUCCUCCUGUUAAGCAACGGAAAAAUGAAAGGCUCUACUUGGAAAAUGGUUCAUAUCCUGUUGAUUAUUGGCGGGACUUUUUUAAGGUUGUUGAACUUAAAGAAAUUAUGAGGCAACGCAAGGAUAUGCCCUUUGCAACAGCUUUAAAUUCUUUGCGAACUCGAGAUGUAGAUCAGCCAUUAGAUAGUGAAACACAGUGUAUGAUACAUGAUUGUAUCAGAGAUGGACCUGAAGAUGUUCUUCAUGUGUACCCGACAAACGACGAAGUAAACAGCUAUAACCUUACAAUGCUGAAAAAAAGUUGUGAAGAUCUUGUAGAGAUUGAAGCUCAUGACUUCCAGAAAGACAAAACAACAGGAAAAUUAGUCUUGAGAGAAAAACCUAUCAUACGUUCAAAAACAGAUGGUCUGAGCAGCUCUUUGGUCUUAGCUGUGAAAGCAAGAGUCAUGCUUACAAGAAACUGUAAUGUUGAGGAUGGAUUGGUUAAUGGUGUUAUGGGAUACAUAUCGCAUUUUAUGUUCAGGAGUAAAAAUCUAUCCAAAGAAAUUGUGGGUGUAGGAGUGAUUUUUGACAAUCAAAAUGUUGGGAAAAAGUGUGCAAAAAGAAUGGAGAAAGGAUCUGUUGUUAUGAUUGAGAGAGUUCAAGAAGAAAUAUUUGAAAAGAAAUCAAAAACUAUUGUUAGACACCAAUUCCCUUUGCGAUUGUCUUGGGCAUGUACAGCUCAUAAAGUUCAAGGAAUGACAGCAGACAAAGUUGUGGUCAACUUAGAUCGGACCUUCUCUCCAGGACAGGCAUAUGUUGCAUUGACAAGAGUAACAAGUAAGGAAGGCUUAUUCAUUGAAACAGACAAUGAACAUGCAUUACAGAAAAAAAAUAUGCAGAUUCGGAUGUGA